UUUGGGGAAGGAGAAGCGCGGCGACAGAAGCCCCGCUCGUGGCAGGGCUCUUCCCGGAGCCCUCGGGACCAGGCGCCCACUGGGGUCCCUCUCGAGUGCCCCCCGUGUGGCUUCCAGGACCUGGUGUCCCUUCGAGUGUCCUCUGUGUUCCUUCCAGGACCUGCUGUCCCUCCCGAGUGCCCCCCAUGUUUCUCUCAGGACCUGAUAUCCCUCCUGAGUGCCCCCCGUGUCCCUUCCAGGACCUGGUGUCCCCUCUCGUGUCUCUCCCGGGACCUGGUGUCCCUCCCGAGUGCACACUGUGUUCCUUCCGGGACCUGGUGUCCCCUCCCGGGGUGCUCCUCAGUGUCCCCUCGCCUCGGGCACCCACGGGGCUGGCCGCUGCCACCCGGCUCUCCCACUCCCGGUGCCGGCUCCCUUUCUGUGCCUUUGCUUGCCCGGGUGCCCACCCGAGUGCCCCUGAGGACCCCCCCGGUGUCCCAGUGGGAUCCUGGAUGAAGCUGCCUCACUGUGGGACCGCGCAGACCCCACAGAUGAUCCCAGUGAUGACACCGAUGAUCCCAAGUCCCUCCUGUGGGCACCGGAGCCUGGCACUCCCUCCCUACGGGCACGGCAGGAUCUGGGUGGUUCAGGGGUUCCUCCCAGCCCGGCACAGCCCGGGGCUGUUAUCAGCUCCAGGGAGGGAUGGCUGGGUUGUGAUAAGGGGUAGCAAAGUGCUCCUGAGCUCGGGGAAGGGCCUGGCUGGCGCUGUGGGAUGGGGGUGCUUUGGGGUGGGCGAUACCGUAUCUGCCCCGGCCACCCCAGUCCGGUCCCCGCAGCCCCUGGCAUUGUCCUGCCGGGGAAUUUUGGGAUUAACGAGCUGCACUUUGGGACAGGCAGCGGCUGAACAUGGAGCACUCGGCUUGGCUGUGGGAUGGCAGCGGGCUGUGAGUGCCGCAGCACUUCCCUGCCCCCCUUGGGAAAGGGAUUUGGGUCUCACCUCUUUGGUACAAAACUUUUUGCACAAUUCAAUUCCUGCUCCUGCCCGUUUCCUUGGGCACUCCCAGCGUUCAGGGAGGCUCUGCCCAGGUGUUGUUUGGGAUUUGCCCUUUAAACCCCAAACUUGGUGGGAGCUGAAACUCCACCUGCCAGCUGGGAAGGAGCCUUUUUCUGGGCUAUUCCUGGGAUAUUCCUGCUCGCCGCUCUUCCCCGUCCCCUCGCAGAGCGCUACAAGCACCACUGGUUCCCCGAGAAACCCUUCCAAGGGUGAAUCAAGCCCUCCUGAAUUCCAUAAAAAGGGAGUUUCGACCCUAAAAUCAUCCCAGGCUGAUUGAGCCACGGUCCUUGAAGGAGAUCUGGUGGCAAAGGGGGGGUGCCCAGCCUGGGGAGGGGUCAGAGCUCCGAGUUCUUCACCCCCCACCAACAGGAGCUGCCGUGACUCGGCCCCGGCUGAUGAUUUACCCUUUAAACCCCAAACUCAGUGAGAGCUGAAGGCCCUAAACUCCACCUGCCAGCUGGGAAGGAGCCUUUCUUUGGGAUAUUGCUGCUCACCGCUCUUCCCCUUCCCC